CUUCAAAGCUCUUUCACCUUUAACUCCUCUGCAUCUCUAGACAUCAUGACUCGCGGCUGGGAACCUGGUACUCAAUACAACCACGGCGACGUUGUGUCCUACAACGGCUCUAACUACAAGAUCAUCCAGCCCCAUCGCUCACAGGGCGACUGGACCCCCGAUGUCACUCCUGCUCUUUGGGGCAAGAUCCCUGGUGGUGGCCACGGACAACAGCAAGGCCACUGCCCUCCCCCUCAACAAAGCCAUGGACACCAGAACCAGGCUCCCCCUGCAUACCAGGCUCCCCAGAACCAGCAACCUUUGAACAACGAUAACAAGACCCAAGGCCAAGGCCCUGAACCUCAGAAGUCUGGCAACGAUUCUGACUCUGACGGCGAGGGUGGCAAGAAGUGGUACAAGGACAGCAAGAAGCUUUUGGGUCUUGCUGGUGGUCUUGUCGGUGGUGCUGCCUUGGUCGGUGGCGCUGUCGCUGCCUACAAGCACUACGACAAGAAGAAGGAUCAGAAAGAGUGGCUGGAAGACGCUCAGGCCCGCACUAUGGCUGUCCGAAGCGGCCAGUCCUCUGACCCCGUCAACUGGGUUUUGGGUGACGGAAAGAAUAUUCCAUUCAACGCCAUCCCCGGUGGAAAGGAGAACAACAGUGUUCUUUACAUUUCCCGUGGCUUCCACAAGGGCAGCACCACCCCCGGAAAAGCCUCUGCCGCUCUCAAGACCGGCGCUGUCAUCGGCUAUGCCCAUGAUGAGGUCGAUCUCGCUCAAUACGAAAUUCUUGUCGGUGACAGUCGUGCUGUGAGGUGGAUCCCUGCCGCUGGCAAACUCAACAUCCAGGCCCUCGGCGCUCGACCCGUGCAAGGCGGCGUUGACACUGAUGGAACCCCUCUCUUUGUUGUUCGUGCAAACAUUAAGGGUGGAGUCCACCCCGGUAAGGCCAGCGAGAAGCUCAAGGGUGCUUUCAUUCCUUAUGGCGGAGGAGAGGAGGAAGUCCAGAACUACGAGGUCUUGUGCUUCGCUUAAUUACAACCGCGAUACAGAAUCAACAUGGACGGAUGGGUCUCAAGUGUACUUGUAUGUGUAAUUCAAUCAAUGGGAUUAUCUGGCAAGCCUUCAAAC